AUGGCGAGUUAUAUAGAUGAUGAGAUCGAUGGCUCCCUUGGAGGGGGCCAUACGGAGGGGAAUAUGAUGGGGGCGACUUCAAUAGAUAUGACGCAAGCAGCAGCACCGCGGCGAGCAGCAGCAGCAGCAGCAGCAGCAGCAGCAACAGGGACUGCAACAGAAGCAGAACCAGACUGGAAAGCAGAUGCUAUUGUAGAGCAGCAAAUGGGCCAUGACGGCAACAGAGAGAAAACAGCAACAGUGAAGGCGCUCACAGAGGCAUUUCAACAAACACUUGCUGCUAUACCUGGUUUGUCUCAGCAGCUAGAUGUACUGCAGCAGGCUGCUGCAGCGGUUUGUUUAGGGAUGCCUGCUGAGGGGAAGGGUUUGCGCGUUAGCAGCAGCAGCAGCAGCGGGCGCAGCAACAGCAGUUUGCAGCAGCGUUUAAUCCUUUCUAUAUCAGAUGUUGUCUCUGUCUCUUCUUUCUCGUUUUAUAAUCACCCCCUAAUUAAAAACCCUUGUGCUGCUCUCCCUGCUCUUGAAUAUGCUGUUGCUGAGGAAUGGAAGAACAGAGGAGCCCUGGGCCCAGCGCCUCGCGUGGGUGUGGGUGGUUGGUUGGGUGCGAGUCAUCUGACUCCGCGAGGGCUGAAGAGCACUCAUUUGAAUUGUUUGGUAGCCCUUGAAGGCGUUGUUAACCGCUGUGCUGCUCCUCAUCCGCGUAUACACCGUGCGGUGUAUCUUACAGAAGACGCGCUGCAGCACCAGCAGCAGCUUCUGCACCUACAGCACCAGCAACCGCAGCAGCAGCAGCAGCAGCAACAACAACAAACACCAAUCAUCACCCCACAAGAACGAGAGAUCCAUCUACGCAGCUUCUAUGAUGUCAGCGAUCUAGAUAAAGAUAUCCGCGAUGCUCAGCCUCCACCCCAAAAAGACCCUGAAGGGCGGCGGAUAAACCGACAGGAAAUUGGAUACUGCCAAUACCAAAACCAUCAAAAAUUCUUCGUUCAAGAAGCCCCAGAAACAGCACCCACAGGCCAACUGCCUCGUUGGGUAGAAGUGCUGGCAGCAGCAGAUUUGUGUGAAUCAGUGAAGUGCGGCGACAGAGUUCGAAUAUUUGGGGUGUACAGACCCCGAGCAUCAGCAGCAAAUAAUCAAACUACUGGAUAUGUUAAGCCCCUCCUCGUCGCUAAUAAUAUUGAGGUGCUGAACGCAGCAGCUCGUGCGUCAAUGCUGCAGUCUCUGCCUGCGGAUUUGAUGAAUAUAAAAACCUUCGCAAGCAGAAGGGAUUUGCUAGAGGUAAUGGCUCGGUCUGUAGCUCCAGCUGUAUGCGGCCACGACUUGGUGAAGCGGGGUUUGCUGCUGCAGCUGUGCGGGGGCAGCAGCCUGGGCAGCAGCAGCAGCAACAAUAGCAGCAGCAGCAGCAUUGGGCAUCGUGUGAGAGGAGACAUUCAUGUGCUGCUAUUAGGAGAUCCUUCAGCAGGGAAAUCUCAGCUGCUGCGAUUCGUGCUGCGGCUGCUGCCGGGUGCUAUUAGUACUACAGGCAGAGGCAGCAGCGGCGUUGGUCUAACUGCUGCUGUUGCUACAGACGGAGAUACGAUGGAGAGAAGAGUUGAAGCAGGGGCGAUGGUAAUGGCUGAUAAAAAUAUUGUUUGUAUUGAUGAAUUCGAUAAAAUGCAGCAAGGAGACAGAGCAGCAAUUCAUGAAGUCAUGGAACAGCAAACUGUCUCCGUCGCUAAAGCAGGCAUCCAUACGACUCUUAAUGCCAGAUGUUCGGUGCUGGCAGCAGCAAAUCCGCUGUAUGGGUGCUGGAGCCCCGAUCUGCCGUUUUCUUCGCAAGUAGCCUUUGAAGAUUCUCUUCUUAGCAGAUUUGAUCUUAUAUUCAUACUCAGGGACUCAACUUCAUGUGAAGAAGACGAGCGUUUAGCGGAGGCGGUGCUGCGAAAUGUCUCAGAGAAGGCGAAGCCAGCAGCAGCAACAACAACAACAGCGGCAGCAGCAGCAACAGCAGCAGGAGGAGACAAGCGCCUGCAAGGAGACAGCUUUAUCCAGCCCCAAAGCGACAUGCACAAACCCUCGCAUGCAGCAACAGCAGAUCUGCAGCAGCAAGAAGCAGAGCCAACCAAAGCCUUCUACCACAGAAAUGAAAUGCUCUACUAUGACAAACAAGGGCGGGAGCACGAGUGUUUGACGCACGAGUUUUUGCGCAAGUACAUCGAGUUGGUUCGGUGUGGGGGCUUAGCAGCAGUUGAAGAUGGUGAUUUGCCGCAGCAGCAGCAGCAGCAGGAGGGGCCUCGUUUAUCGGAGUCUGCUGCUGCAGCUCUUGCAGAUUUCUAUACAACUAUUAGACAGAGGGCUGUGCAGCAGAGAGAAGAAGGAGCAGCAGCAACAAACAAUCUGCUGCAGCCAGUAACUGAAGACGUGCAGGUGGCGCAGCAGUUGCUGCUGCACACUUUGUUUGGGGAGGACACAUUUAGAGAUGAGGAGACAGAGACAGAGACAGAGACAGACGAAGAAGAAGAAGCAGCACCUGCACGAAGGAGGAAGCCAAGAAGAAAAGCAGCCGACAGCCAGCAUAAGAGUUGCCCAUGUGCUGCUGUACGACGUGCUGCGGUUGCUGCUGCAUUUGCUGCUGCGUUUGCUGCUGCAGAUGAGGCGAUGGCGCAGGAGAUGGAGGGCCUGGAGAUAGGCGAAACGAAGAAAAGGCGCACGAGGAGAGCAGCAGCAGCAGCAGCGGGGGGAGGAGACGCAGCAGCAGAAGCAAGGGAGAGGAACGAAGCGCUGCAGUCUCUCCACGCUCAAGGACUCAGUUCGGAUAUUGUACAGAGUUUAAUUUUGCACUGUAUUAAAGAACUGGAUCAAGGCAGCGGUGUCAGUGAAGCGGCUCUUCUAGAGGCGGUCUCUGCACGCGCCCUUUCGCGCGGUUUGCUGCAACCCUCAGCCGAAGAAUUCCAAAAAAGUCUCCACGAUCUCAACUCCAAAGAUUCGGCACCCAUACUUGUCCACGACGGCCUUGUUUAUGAGUGCUGA